CUGCCCGCGAUCUGGCAACUCCGCGGCGACGUCUUGUAAACCGAAUUUGUCAAGCAAUUGAGUAAAUUAAUUGGAGGUAGUUCCUGCAGCCCAAAAGCUAUGAUAUGCCGUCUCUGCCUGGACGACGCGGAGCACAGCGUGCCGAUCUUCGACCAGGAGGACACCACCGAGCAGCCGGUGCCCUCCAACCUGGCGGAACUGAUUGAGAAGCACCUGCAGUUGGUGCUCCUGCCCAACGAUGCGGUGUCCAAGUGCCUGUGCACCCAGUGCUGGCAGCAGUUGGCCGACUUCGAACAGUUCUGCGCCAUGGUGAUGAAGAAGCAGCUGGGCCUGCAGCAGCUGAAGAUCGAGCCCUUCUCGGAGGACGAGGAUGCGGACACGAAGGCUCAGAUCCUGUGCGAGCCGGAGAUCGACGUGAGUCCCGGGGCGGCGGACAACGAGGAGUGCAACGAGAUCGAUGGCGAUGCCAGCAGUGGCAGCAGCAGGAGCAGGAGCAGUAGUAUCCGGGCCACCAGUCGACGGAGGAUGCGUUUGCCCUCGCCCAUCCGGCGUAGUAUGCGUCCGCGCGCCGCCGCCGCAGCCCCCAAAACCCGGGUCGUUAAGGCCAAGGCCAAGACGAAGCGCCACCAGGAGCUGGCAGAGGCGGAGGUGGACGAGGAUGAGGAUGCCGAGGGUGAUCCGGAAAGCCGGACCAGCAACAGCCGGGAAAUGGACAGCUACAUCGCUUUGCAUGGCCGUCUGGAGUGCUGCAUGUGCGGCGGCGACGAUCAGUUCCAGAACUUUGCCGAGAUGAAGCGCCAUUUCCGGAAUCAGCACCAAUCCGCCGGCUAUGUGGUCUGCUGUCAACGACGCUACAAGAAGCGGGCCCUCUACGUCGACCAUCUGCGCAUGCACAACGAUCCUGACUACUUUAGGUGCAAGAUAUGUUCCAAGCAGCUGGUCAGCCGGAUUAGCUACGAUGUACACAUGCUGCGCUUCCACUCCAACGAGGACGAGCUGAGCUUCGCCUGCGAUCAGUGCUCCAAGCGGUUCUCCAAGCAGUUUCUCCUCACCAUCCACUCCAGGGUGCACCAGCAGGAGCGAAAGGAGCAGUGCAAGCACUGCGACAGAUCCUUCCGUACCGCCGUGGACCUGCGACUGCACAUGCGACGCACCCAUGACCCCGCCUUUGUGCCCUUCAUCUGCGACUCGUGCGGCGCCAAGUUCAAGACGAAGCAGAACCUGCUGGUGCACAAGCGCACCGUGCACCGCGAGGGCUCUCAGCUGCCGGAGGUGCAGUGCCAGGAGUGCCAGGUGUGGCUGUCGGACGAGAACAGCCUGCGCAAGCACAUGUACAUGCACCUGGAUGCCGCCUCGCUGCGGCAGUGGAAGUGCGAGCAGUGCGGCCUGGAGAAGGGAUCGCGGGCGAAGCUGGCGGCCCACAUACGCUAUCACCAUCCCAAGGAGUACCACAAGUGCACGCACUGCGGCAAGGAGUUCAAGAGCAGCCGCGGCCUCGAAGAGCACACGGCCACGCACACCGGCCAGGAUCUGUACGAGUGCGCCUUCUGCGAGCGCACCUUCAAGAACUCGGGCAACAUGCACAAGCACCGCCGCCAGAUGCACGCCGCCCAAGUGGCCGCCCUGCAGCAGCAGAAGAAGGUGCGGCCCAGUAAGCGCAAGGACAAGGGCGACUUGCUGCUCGACGUCCUUGCCGCCGGCGGAAAGGAACUGGACCACGCCCACGCCGUGGGAGUGGGCAUAAACGACAUGAACGACUGAUCGAUUAUAAAAACUAAAUAAACCUGCAUUGGCAAUGAUAUGCGAA